AUGGGUGACGUGGAGAUUCGGGAGGGGGCUGAUAUCCCAUUUUGGAAUUGCAAAUGGAUUGCUGGCUCUAAACUGAGUAUUCUAUGCCCAAAUUCGUACAUGAUUGCAACAAAUAAGGAAGCAUCGGUGGAAGACAGUGGAUUCUGGCUAGAGGAUAGAUGGCACUGGAACAUAGCAUGGGAAUGGGAUCAAAACAAUGCUGAAUUGUGGUCGGCAGCAUCGCUGUUAGCAGGAAUCCUUAUGGAGGUUUGGCCGAAUCAGGAUGGUGUAUGUGAGAAUGAGGCAGCAGCUUUGAAGAUUGUUUGGAAGGCAAAAGUGCCGCAUAAAGUGAAAGUUUUCGCUUGGAGGUUAGUACGCAAUAGGCUGCCAUCGAAAGUGCAAUUAGUAAGGCGAGGUGUGGAGAUUGCAGAUAGUGAAAUGAUAUGCAACCUGUGUAAUUUGAACAAUAGCCAAGAUGACACUACACAUAUUAUGGUUAGGUGCGAAGUUGCAAAGAAAAUAUGGAAUGCUGUUUACAUAUGGCUGAAUUUGCAGGGAGUCAAUGAAGUAGUAUCUUUAUGUCAUGAACAUAUGCUACAAUUUUUCAGCAAAUUGAAGAACAAGGUGGACAAAGGAAGGGAGAUAUCAAUCUGGAUGGCUGUAACAUGGUGCUUAUGGAGGGCAAGAAAUGGUACUAUCUUUAAUAAUGAGACUGGUGAUAUAGAUGAGAUUAUCUUCAAAAUUAAGACAUAUUCUUGGUGGUGGGGUUAA